AUGUCAGCAGAAAAACCAAUCAAGAAGUCUGGCGGCAAGCCGAAGGAUAAGGAUGCAGAUAAGACGCAUAAGCUUUCGCUGAAAGGUUCAGCAAAGAUGGUUGCGGAAUUCUUUGAAUCCUCGAUUCAUUCAAUCUUGUACCAGCGCGGCGUAUAUCCUACGGAGGACUUUACAGUAGUCAAGAAAUACGGAUUAAAUAUGCUUUUCUCCUCCGAUGACCAGGUCAAAGCGUACAUUAAAAAGAUGAUGAGUCAGCUAAACAAGUGGACCCUUGCCGGGAAGGUCUCGAAACUAGUGGUCGUUAUAACCUCAAAAGACACCGGCGAGAACCUUGAGAGGUGGCAGUUUGACGUGCAGCUUAUGGGAAAGGCGGCGAAAGCCAAGGGUGGAGCUCCAGAGAUUGAUCAAGAGAACCCCGAGCCUAGCAACCCCCGACCACCGCCGAAAGAGAAGACGGAGAAGGAAAUCCAGGAGGAAAUCAGAUCGCUAUUCCGCCAAAUCACGGCAUCAGUUACGUUCCUGCCCAUGUUGGAUGGAAGGUGCACGUUCAAUGUGCUUGUGUAUGCAGAUGGGGAUGCGGAGGUGCCCAUGGACUGGGGCGAUUCGGACGCGAAGGAGAUUGAAGGUGGCGAGAAGGUUACUCUGAGGAGUUGGGGGCGUGAUGCGAUUCCAAGAGCUGAUUUUAGCUUGCCCAUCAUUUUUCUUGUAUUUGGUCUCUUUUCUCUGAUGGAAAGUGCAACUGUUAGUGCUGGUGUGGUUGUGAGUGGAAAUACGAAAGAGGCAAAGGAAAUGAAGGGAGUCAAGGAGGCAAAGGAGGCAAAAUUUCCAGAGAUGAAGGAAGCGAAAGAGGCGAAGGCCGUAGUGAAGGUUAAUGUCCCGGGAUUUUUUAUGCAGGACUUGGAUAGCACGAAUAGUGCUACUUUUGACUAUGUUGCGAGCAAUUUCGGGCUACUUGAUACCUUUGAUGUUCCCUCCAUUGAUUCACGGGACUUGGAAAAAAGAGACCAUCAUGAUGACGAUGAUGACGAUGAUGACGAUGAUGAUAAGGAUGAGGACGACGAUGAUAAGGAUGAGGACGACGAUGAUAAAGAUGAGAAUGACGAGAAUGACGAGAAAGAGGAAUCUACGAAGAAGGCGCCAUGGAAAGAGUUCAAGAAAGCUAUUAAAAAGUUGAAUAAGAAAGCUCCAAAGGGUACAUCCUACAAAGUUUUGUACCUUGCGAGACAUGGGCAGGGUUAUCAUAAUGUUGCAGAAUCGUUUUACGGCACGGAACAAUGGGAUUGCUAUUGGUCACUCCAGGACGGGAAUGAAACUAGUAGAUGGGACGACGCGGAGCUCACGAGUAUUGGGAUUUCAGAGGCACAGAAGGCAAGCAUUGCGUUCAAAGACCAGAUCAAAACCGGGUUUCCUAUUCCCGAGGUUUACUAUUCUUCUCCCAUGAGUCGUGCGGCGAGUACCCUCGAUAUCACUUGGAGAGACAUAACACUCAACAAAGAUAGCACUCCCGCUCCCAUCUUCAAAGAGAAAUGCCGUGAAACGCUUGGAAUCCACACCUGUGACCGCCGUAACACAAAGAGCUAUCUUCACACCAAAUAUCCCAACUUCGUGUUUGAGAACGGAUUCGCCGAGACCGAUGAACUCUGGGACCCGGUCUAUAGGGAGCCCAAUGAUGUACGAAAUAUCCGUUUGGGCAAGGCACUAGACGAGAUCUUUGCAGAGAGGAGAGAGGAGACGUUUAUCAGCAUUACUGCGCAUAGUGGUGCUAUUACCAGUAUUCUGGAGGUUAUCGGACAUAGGAAGUUCGGAUUGCAAACUGGAGGUGUUAUUCCUGUUGUUGUGAAGGUCGAGUAUGAUGCUACUCCGACGCCUGUCACGAGUGUGAGCCCUUCAGGGACUGCACCGGCUUGUGCCGUGGACCCUACCACAACGUCAUUGAUGAAUUAG